UGAAUAUUUGAAGUAAAAGCAAAGAAAACUCUCAUCAAACCAACCUUAUAGCAAUCAUGAUCUAAUAAUAUUUGUCUCAUAUUUCUCCUUCCAUUUUCACCUCACAGAAAAGAAAAAAACACCAAUAUGGAAACACCAAAAAAAGAAGCUAUGGAUUUUCAUUCAAACGUUGAUUCUUCACGGCCUUUUCGUUCAGUCAAAGAAGCUGUAGCCAUCUUUGGCGAGCGAUUCUUGGCUAAAGAAAUUUAUUCUCCAAAACCUUUCACGUUUCCAACUCAAGAAAGUCCGUGGAAUAAUAAUAAUCAUAAUAAUUUUUCUCCAAGUCCUCGAAGUGUUAAUUAUUCUCAAGAAAUUGUUACUACCGCCACGUCAUGGAAAUCUGCUUCAUCACCAAGUCCUCAAGAUUUCAACAAUGAUCCUGUUGUUGUGGAAGCACUGAAGAAACUUGAAACUGAGCUAGAAGAAACAAAGACAGAAUUGAAGCUUUUGAAAGCAAGAGAAUCUGAGACUGAAAUUGCGUUAGCUUCUUUAAACGCUGAGCUUCAUAAGAACAUGUCGAAACUAGCACAAGCUGAAGCAGCUCAUGCAGGUGCAAUGGCAGCGUCAAGAUCAGUGAAAAUUAACAAUGAAGAUUAUUACGGUAAAGGGGAGGAUAAUAAGCUGAAAAAGGAAAUGAGAGUGAGAUGGGAGUCAUCACCAACUUUAGCAGAAAUGUUAACAAUUGGAGAUACAGAUAUUGGGUUUUUUGGAUCAUCUGGGAAGAAAAAGGACAAGAAGAAAACGAUGAAGAAGAAGCCGAUCAUUCCUCUUGUGGGAGACUUAUUCUCAAGGAAGAAAAAAACUCCAACUACUAUGGAUAAUCCACUCUUUUCUUCUUCUCAUCUCUUCUGAAUUGAAAAAAAGACAAGAAAACAGAAUAAGAACUUCAUCAUUUAACUAACUUAAUAUUUUUUUUCUAUGUUCUUUCUGCUGAAAUUCAACUGUUUGUGGGUGUCGAACAUCAUGAGAAAACACCAUCUCUUUAAUUCGUGUGUAUGUGUGAUAAUGCUAGUCUUUUUCUUUUCCUUUUUUUUUGCCUCUCCAAAUUUUCAUGUAUAUUUCAAUGUUCAAUAUUUCUGGGUCAAUGAUUUUACUUACCUUAUUCUGGUAUUAUUAGUA